AUGAGUGAAUCUAAGAAGAGGAAAGUUGAAGCAGAGCAUCGAACAUUCAACAAGGAAUGGACUUCUAAAUAUUUUUUUACCAACGUGGAUGAAAAAGCAGUGUGUUUAAUUUGCAGAGAAAGUGUGGCAAUGCUAAAGAAUUACAACUUAAAGCGCCACUUUGAGACCAAGCACUCCAGUAAAUAUGAAAAAUUUUCUGAUGAACAAAAGAGGAAGAAAGCUAACGAGAUGGUUGUUCAAUUACAACAACAGAAAAAUAUUUUCAGAAAACAAUUUGCAUCCAAGGAUGAUAUUACAAAAGUGAGUUAUGUGAUUGCUCACAAGAUUGCCAAAAACAGCAAGCCAUUCUCUGAAGGAGAAUUUAUAAAGGAAUGUAUGAUUGAUUCUGCCUCUAUUUUAUGUCCAGACAAGAAAAACCAAUUUGAGAAUGUAUGUUUGUCAAGGCGAACAAUUGUAAGACGUGUUGAGAACAUUGCUGAGAGCAUGUAUCUGCAGUUUAAAGAGAAAGUAAGGACUUUUGAAUACUAUUCACUGGCACUUGAUGAAAGUUGUCAUGUCAGAGACACAGCACAGUUGUUAAUUUUCAUUCGAGGCAUCACCAAAUAUUUUGAGAUCACAGAAGAAAUGGUAUCAAUGCAGUCACUGAAAGGAACAACAACUGGAGAAGAUUUAUUGGAGGCAGUAAAUAAUUGUCUUUUGAAAUUAGGAGUAGAAUGGAACAAACUGGUAAAUGUGACCACCGAUGGAGGGCCAAAUAUGACAGGUAAAAAUGUUGGAUUGCUAAAAAGAAUUCAAGAUCAAGUCAGAGAAACAAAUGCAGAACAAAAUAUUGUCUUUUCGCACUGCAUUAUUCAUCAAGAAGUCCUUUGUAAGAGUGUUUUAAAUUUAAGCCAUGUCGUUGACACAGUUGUGAAAGUGGUUAAUUACAUUCGAGCAAGAGGAUUAAAUCACAGGCAGUUUAUAACCCUGCUUGAAGACUUGGAAUCUGAUCAUACGGAUGUUCUGUAUCACACAAAUGUGAGGUGGCUUAGUUUGGGAAAAAUCCUGAAAAGAGUUUGGGAAUUGAAAGAAGAGAGUGGCUUAUUUUUGGACAUGAAACAGAAUGCUAUAGAUUUCCCACAGUUGAAUGAUGAGAAAUGGCUCUCUGAUUUUGCAUUUGCUGUUGAUAUCAUGGGUCAUAUGAAUGACCUGAAUUCAAAGCUACAAGGGAAGGGGGCUUUUGCACAUGAUUUGUACAGCAGUGUCAAAACUUUCAUGAAGAAAUAA